AUGCUCCUCCUUCCUAUCCACAGGAUACUCAUCGCGAUCCUCCUCUUAUCCACACUCUGCUCUGCCGCCGAAAAUGCCUCCAGCGAUGCAGCAAACUCAGCUCUAUAUGACAUGGUCCCGGACUGUGCGAAGGAUUGCGUCGAUAGCUUCAUCAUGUCCGAAUACACCUUCAUUGAAUGCACGUCACCGUCCAAUAUCAAGUGCCUGUGUCGUACCAAGACAACCAGCAGCUUGACAUUGGGGGAAGCGGCUUUGAGCUGUGUUCUGUCUGUAUGCUCACAGACAGUCAUCGCAAAGUCAAAGGCUUAUCACAUAUGCGACUCGGUAUCUGAAGCUCUUCCGAAAACACACCAGACGAUUACCGCGACGGUAUUUUCUGACACGAGUACGACGAAGACGAGUGAUGCAAAAACUAGUAGAGAGACAACACCAACUAUUUCUACUUCGACAACUGAACACACCUCUGAGGCCUCUAUGGGCACAUCUAUAGCAACAUCAACAUCGACACCGACGUCAACUACUAGUCAAACGUCUGAAAUCACAUUCUAUGCUGCUUCUUCAUCUUCAGGGUCUCAAGUUGAACCAACAUCCUCUACCGGACAAAUUUCCAGUGACUCUUCUGAAGAUACGAAUAAGAAAGGUGAUCAUGGUAUCACUCCAGCGGCGAUCAUUGGAAUGUCAGUAGCAUCAGGCGUGGCGGGGUUUUUCAUCAUCGGUGUUGCUGUAUUUUUCUGCUGCAAGAGAUGGCGACGAAAACAGCGGGAACAGACAGCACCACACAUUUUCGAGAUCGGAGGCGCCAUGUCUGAGCCUCCAGACUUUUCAAAACCCAUGCCACGGCUCCCAACGAACGGCUUGGGUUUAGAGUCUUCAUACAGCCCAACGAGUGACCGCGAGACAAUGGCACAGCGGCCACGUACUUUCCAUUCAAUGGCAAGCGUUCAACCACCACGAUACUCACCGCAAUAUGCCAAGGUACACCACUUGGGCCAGAGCAAAGAGCCCACAGACCAAGAACGAAUAGGGUUUGCCAUCAGCUCUGACUCGGACUGGGAAACUUCGCCUCGGACACAAUCGUCACAGCACAGCAUAGCACGACUACUCCCAGAUCCUAUAGCUGGACUAUACCCGAAGCCGCUGAAGUGGAGUCAUCGGCCACCUAGUGGGGAGACUCUAUUUGAAGAGGACGAAAGUCAACAAGCAGCGGCGGCAGCGACAGCAGAAAUGACGCAAAACAACCCCCCUAGGCCAGGUAUCCAGCCAAAACUCGCAGGACUGCCAGCCAAUCCGCGUGCAUUCAAAGAGGGAUUCUCAGCAGACAAUUUCAAACGAAGAUCCGGGUCCCCGAGUGCUUUAGCAAUCCCUUCCAACGCCAACCCAGCUUACAAAACCUCGUCAGCAGACAGUAGCGCUACACCCUAUCAAGCUUCACAAACCUCAUACUCUUGCUCAAACCCAAACAUCCUCCCUGCCACUCCCGUCAACACCACGCAAGCUCAACCCCAGAAUCGCAGCUUGUCACCAGGACGACAGCCGCCUCAAUCCUGCCCCACCCUAUCAUCAUCAACCCUCCCUCCAGGCUCAGAGAUAGUAUCCAGGCCGCGGAUCGUACGUGGAAACGAUAUCAAACGCGUCCAGAUCCGCAACAGUCCACGACCACCCAGCGAAGUCGUCGCGCCAUACUGCCCAGAUGACUUAUGGCUGGAGCGUGGACGCGCCCUCGCGCCGCCGAAGUCCCGAGAACCGUCUGGGGAACUGCCGUAUCCUUCAGAUAUGCAUCCUGGAGCUGUGCAUUAUCCUGAUAGUCCGAAGAGGAAGGCCGGCGCUGUGUCGAAACGGGUUUCUCCGAACAGUCGGAAUUUGACGCCGUCGAGGAGGGGCGAUGAUUUGAUUCUUCGCGUUGAUGAAUAG